AAGAAUCCUGAUAUCAUGAAGAGGAGGAAAAUGGCGUGUACCCUCGUGUUUGUGACCCUGCUGGCAGUGCUGCAAGUGUCUGCCAGCCGAUGUCGCCCGCCCUUCUUUGGCGACAAGUGCCAGUACCAGUGUCACUGCGCCCUGGAGGCACCAUGCGACGCCGUCACCGGAAGCUGUAACGGAUCCGGAUGCGCAUUGGGAUGGAUGGGACCACUUUGCCAGUACCUGAACCUCGCCUAUGACCUGCCCGCGUCCGCCUCCCCCGUCCUCAACAGCCCCCAGCUUGCCGUGGACGGGGACAUCAACACUUGCUUCGAGACGCUGGCGACAAGCGGCUCCCCAUCAUGGCAGGUGAACUUGGAGACGAAUCAGUGGAUUACCUGGAUCCGGAUCCACACAGCCACGACGACAGACCUGCUGAUUGAGUUGGACCGCCUUGACGGCAACGGUGACGUCAUCACGUCUGUGUGCAACUCCUCCUAUAACCCCCGACACCGGGUGUCAGCUGGACAUCUGGACAUCCGAUGCAAGGAACCAAUACUGGCCAGAUGGGUCAAGAUCAUUAGGCACGUAAACGCGUCACCAAGGUUACAGCUGUGUGAAGUGGAGGUCGGUGGAGGGCGUAACGUCGCCUUGAAGAAGCGCACCUACCAGAGUUCAACCUGGGGCGGUCCUGACUUUAUCAACGGCACCCUAAAGGCCUACAACUUCACGUCCGACCUCGCCGUGGACGGCAGCACAGCCACGGACUUCACAAGGGGGUCGUGCACGGUGACCAACGUGCUGAACACGCCCACGUGCAGAGAAGGGACAACGAACCCGUCUUGGGCCGUGGACCUUGGGCAGCUGUACGACAUCUACAGCGUGGUCGUCUACAACAGGGGCGAUCCUGGGUUGACGAACAGACUGGCUGGCUUCUCCCUGCUCACUUCCGGUCCGGAGUACAUGGAGAUAUACCGUGACGUCACCAACAACCCGGCGCUCGUGACGGAAGUGGAGGUCCCCGGGAACCUGACAGCUGACGGCGUCCUUCUCCGUCUCUAUGGCUGCCGCAUCCUCACUCUGUGUGAGGUCGAGGUGUACGGAGAUUGCCUGGACGAGUUGCACGGCCUGGAGUGUAACAAUACCUGCCAGUGUCGGGACGAAGACGAGGCGUGUGGGAAGCUGGACGGCCAGUGUCUGUCUGGGUGCCCUGAUGGCUACACAGGGCUCGACUGUACACAAUUGUGUCGGAACGGGACGUACGGCCUGGACUGUAACAAGACGUGUAACGACAACUGCCUGGACGACUCAUGCCACCCCGUCACCGGGCGCUGCACCGACGGCUGUGAGCCGGGAUGGAUCGGACCCAUGUGCAACAAAGCCUGCUCAGAGGGGUGGUAUGGCCCUCAGUGUGAACUCCCCUGUAACCGGAACUGUCACCAUCAGCUGUGCUACGCCCACAACGGCAGCUGUAGUCACGGGUGUUCAGCGGGCUGGAUGGGCGUCAGCUGUCACAGAGCUAUUAUAGGUCUGCCCUUCUUCGAAGAACGGAGUAUCCUGAUUGGAGCUUUGGUUGGAGCAUUCAUCUUUGUCAUCGGCCUGAUCAUCGUCAUCAUCUUCCUCAAACGUCGACACAAGCCUGUGUACUCCUGUCGCGAGGCUGAAAGGAGGAGAAAAGGACCCGAGCAUCCGACGGAAGCGACCAAAGCUCCGGAAAUUAGCCCAACACCCAUUGUGGGCAUGACGUCAUCACCGGUUGUAGUCAGAAGGAGCGCGAGGUUGUUGAGGUCGCGACUGGAUAUGUCUUACGUGGAGGAUGAUGACCUGACAGGGGAUGAGGAAGCACUGGUGCCCCCGGCUGCUGACCCUGACGCCAAGAUGGAAUACUACAACCUGGACGUGGACAAGUCGGCGGCGACUGCGGUGCGGGUGGCGGACUUCCCUGCUUACAUGGACAAGUGGCGGAGCAACAAAUACCACUUCCAGCAUCGCUUUCUGAAACUGCCCCGGGAUUACAUUGUGUCUUGUGACGUAGCCAGCGCCGACGUCAACCGCCACAAGAACAGAUACCUCAACAUCCUGCCCUAUGAUCACUGUCGUGUUGUCUUGGACGUCGUAGACGGUGACCCGACAUCAGAUUACAUCAACGCCUCUCAUAUCCUGAGCUACAACAAGAAAGCAAGUUACAUCGCAUCACAAGGGCCUAACAAGGCAAUCCUUGCAGACUUUGUCCGGAUGAUCUGGGAGAAGAAGGUGACGACCAUUGUGAUGCUAACAAACCUGGUGGAGGAGGGCAGGAGGAAGUGCGAAGCCUACUGGAACUGUGAGGAGGAUCUGCUUCUCGGAGACAUCACUGUGACCGUGGUGCAUGAGGACACCAGAGCUCACUACACUGCCAGGACUCUGAAGAUGUCGAAGCUCAAUAGCCCAUCAAGGACGGUCACCCAGCUUCACUUCACGGCCUGGCCCGACAAAGGAGUGCCACAGUCAGCGUGGUCGCUAGUUUACUUCCGUCACAAGGUCAAGGUCGCAGUUGGGGAGUCAGAAGGCCCGGUUCUUGUCCACUGCAGUGCUGGCGUGGGACGAACUGGGACGUUUAUCGCUCUGGAGAAUUUGCUUGAGGAGGCGGCCCUUGAUGAUGAUGUAGACGUCUUUGUCGUUGCUUGGAAGCUCCGUCAGCAGAGAGUGAACAUGGUUCAGACACUGGAUCAGUUCGUCUUUCUGCACGAGGCACUCUUGGCGGCUUUGGUCGCCGGCAGCAGCUAUCUCACUCCGGCUACAUUACUUGACCAGUUCCAUAUCAUCACAUCAGAAUGUGCACACAAAGAGUUCAAGGACCUGAAGACCUGUCCUACGGUGACGUCAGAGAAAGAGUUCAUCUCCGCCAAGGCAGCCGAGAACAGGCGCAAAAACAGAUACUACAACAUCCUCCCGCUCGACUCAUACCGGCCACAUCUACACACCGACGUCAACGACGCAGGCAACGACUACAUCAAUGCAGUGCUUAUGCCAUCAUUUCGUCACCCCCGGGGACUACUCGUGACACAGACCCCUCUCCCACACACAGUACUGGACUUCUGGCGCCUCGUGUACGACCAUGGCGUCAGUCUCAUCAUCAUGAUCGACAACAUCAACGACGACCAAGAUGUAGAGGAUUUUGGAGUCUACUGGCCCGAGCACGGCGAGACGAUGGAGAUUGGGCCGUUCCUGGUGUCGUCUGUGUCGGAUGAGGAGGAGGAGGGACUGUGUGUCCGGAAUUUGCAUCUUGUGAAGACAAAGGCUGGUGAGAAGACACGGGUACUACGUCAGUUUCACUGCAUGGACUGGCCAGACACUUGUGAUCUCCCGCCAUAUGACGUCAUCAAAUCCUGUGUAGAUGCUGUGAGAGUGGAAGGCGCCAAACAGCCCCUGGACCCCGUCUUAGUUCACUGCAGGGACGGGGCGAAGCGGAGCGGAGUGUUCUGUGUGCUGGUUGAGUUGCUGGAAGAGCUGGAGAGCUGUAACACCAUCAACGUGCCUCUCGCUGUGGGCGGGCAUCGGAGCAUCAGGCAACAGGUGGUGUCGCAUCUGAGGCAGUAUGAAGCUGUGUAUGAACUUCUCCGACAUCACAUGAAGAUGUACCCUGACAUACCGGAUUUUGAAGGCCGAGGCAGGAGACGCCACAGCGAGGGACCUAUAUACAUGAACCAGUAGUCGGGCGAUGUAACCGCGUGAACCAGUAGGCAGGUGAUGUGACCGAGUGAACAAGUAGACAGGCGAUGUGACACUGCGACACCGAGUGACACCGAGUGACGCCGAUUGACGCCGAGUGACACCGAGUGACACCGACUGACGCCGACUGACGCCGAGUGACGCCGGGUGACACAAAGUGACACCAACGCUGAGAAUAACAACAUCCUGCUGCAAAUAGAUGCUGGUUAAGCUCAGAUAUUUCCUAUACAUUCAAGCUAGGUAUUAUGUGUAUUGUUUGCACUGUAUACGCAGGUUGACUUGCUGUCUAAAAUGUACAAUGAUAUAUUUGAGCCAACAUACAAUGUCAGAGUGAUAUACAGUUGCAGUAGGUUAUAUUCAUCGCUAUACACUAACGUGAUUUGAAUACAUAUUCUAUGUAUCAUUUAGGUGGAGAAUCGUAUAUGUACAGUAAUGUACUUAUCGAACUACAGCGCUAAAAAACAUUCACUCAUUCAGUGAAAGAAAGUGAAAGUGUGUAGUGAUUCCUUGGCAAGGACAUUAUUGAUGAACUUGUUUAGUUAUUUUGUGUCAGUGAACAUGUACAGUUAUUCUGGGUCAUUGAAUAAUUCAGAGAUCCUGUGUCAGUGCAUAUGUACCUAUGUCCUGUGUCAUUGAAUGUGUAUAGAGAUCCUGUGUCAGUAAAUAUAUACAGAGAUCCUGUGCCAUUGAAUGUGUACAGUUAUCCUGUGUCAGUGAAUAUGUACAGUUAUCCUGUGUCAGUGACUAUGUACAGAGAUCCAAUGCCAUUAAAUGUGUACAGAGA